AUGAAUGUUACAAAUAACGAUGGGAAUUUUUGGGAAACUACACCACAGACACCUGUUUUUUCUAUCGAAGAACUUUCCAGCUUAAUAUCCAGAUCACCACCAUCCUCCACAGAUCCUCCUUCACUUCCUAAUGAUGACCUCCUACAGCCAAAUUUAAUGACAGGGGGAGAUAAACAAUUGGCACGAAUGCCAGAGCUACGUGUUUAUUCAAGGAGAAGAAAACCAGAAGAUAGGGAACACCUCACAGUUCAACAGCAGAGCCAUGAAUCUAAUCCGAAUUCAGUGUCAAUUGCUAAUAUGAGAGUUAAGCAAUCCAUUGCUGUCACUGAAGGAUUGCUGUAUGCUGGUGCCACUAGUAUAGAUAUUAUUGGCAAGAAACCUUCGUGGAAGAUUGGCUCAUCCUUUUCUAUUAAGAAAACCUCGCAGUCUCUACCCAAAGUGCAUAUUGAUGAUGAUAUGGAUCUGAUUGAUGAAGACAGUCUCCUAACUGAAGAGGAUCUGAAGAAACCCCAGCCACUACCUGGUGAUUGUGAAGUUGGAAGCACAAGGAAAGCCUGCAAAAAUUGCACUUGUGGACGGGCUGAAGCAGAGGAGAAAGUGCAGAAGCUUGGACUUACAAUGGAUCAGCUUGAUAAUCCUCAAUCUGCUUGUGGCAAUAGCCAGGUUCGGUUAAGUGGACGGAAUGGUAAAAACAGCCAUGACUGGUACACGCAGAGAAGACGACUCAGGGGUCUCCACGGGGUCCUCUGA